UCCCGCACCGUUUUUUCUCCGUUUUUCUUAAAGGAGGCGUGCGAGGUGAAGCGAGAGAAAAAGAGCGCUCCUUUGGCUGGGCUUUUCUGAGGGCCUGCCUGCUCGCCCCAGCCAUGUCCUACUGCAGGCAAGAAGGAAAGGACAGAAUUAUAUUUGUGACCAAAGAGGACCAUGAAACACCAAGCAGCGCAGAAUUGGUAGCAGAUGAUCCCAAUGAUCCUUAUGAAGACCAUGGUUUAAUACUGCCUAAUGGAGAUAUCAACUGGAAUUGUCCGUGCCUCGGUGGAAUGGCUAGUGGUCCUUGUGGGGAACAAUUCAAGUCAGCCUUUUCCUGUUUCCAUUAUAGUAAGGAGGAAAUAAAAGGAUCUGAUUGUGUGGACCAGUUUCGUGCAAUGCAAGAAUGCAUGCAGAAGUACCCGGAAUUGUACCCUCAAGAAGAUGAUGAUGAUGAUGACAAUAAAGAAGAAAAGCAGAGUAAAGAUUUAGAAAGUACUCCUGUUGUGGGCAAAGAAGAGAAGGGAUCUAGCUAAUGAAGCAGCAUGGAGGCUGUGGUCUCCUUUCCGUAUUUAAAGACACAGACACAUGCAUAGAAUCUUCUCUCCAUCUUCUGAUUCCUGAGAGUGCCCUUUAUUUUUGUUCCAUACACUGUAUCAUGUGAAAUAAGUUGCUGCAAAGAAAUGCACCCCAACCCUACAACCGCAGCAGGUACUGCAAAGCACUUCCAUUGCAAAAAAUACUUGCUGAUAUCAGUGCUGAUCCAACUAUUAUUUUCUUCUGCUAGCAUAUUGUUUGCAGCUUGGCUAGAACAAGGCAAACAAAGAGAUGGUGCCAGCACACAAUGGAAGGGGAAAAAAUCUUUACCAGAAAGAAUGUUAAAUUAAUCAAAUUAAUUUUUGUUGUAUAUCUUCUAUGCUAAAAAUGACAUCAAAUGCUUCCUUAAAACUACCAGGAAUAUUCAGAAACUGUUAAGAAUGUGUGCAAAAGUUCAUUUGCACGGUCUGCAUGCUUCAACAGCAUAUAAUAUUUUCCAUAUUCUACUGAUUUAUAAUAAUGAUCAUAUGUGUGUAGAGGGGAGUGAAAUUAAUAUUUAAGAAUGAUUUCUCCAAGUGUGCUGAUCGAUCUUCACAUGACUGAGUUGGUAGUUAAAAACACUGACCACUGUGUAUCUUAAUAUUCCCUGUUUGGUGGGAUUGCCUUUGUAUAAGCCUGUCCAUUUUCUAGACAGAUUGUUAAAAAUGAUGCCCUCAAUAGAGGAAUCACAAUGUUACCCGGAGUAACAGCUUCUGAAUAGAAAUUGUAACUUGAGUGUACAGUAUAUUAAAAGCAAAACCUUUCUACCUUGAA